AUUAUACUUUUAAUUAAUUUAAAAGAUUAUAAAAAAUGAAAAAUGAAUAAGAUGAUUAAUAAAAGAAAUGAAUAUUUUGAAGAUAUGACCAGGGCAAAACAAUUUCAUGAUUUAUUUUAACGACGUAGAAGUUUUUUAACUUCGAUACGGGGAAAACUUCUGUGAUCUGUAAUAAUCACGUAAAACAAACAUUUUAAUGAUAGUCUCAACAGUAUCUCCUACUGAACAAGUAGCAUUGAUAAUCACGUAAAACAAACAUUUUAAUGAUAGUCUCAACAAUAUCUCCUGCUGAAUAAGUAGCAUGACGUUCAAAUCUAUUAUCGGCAUUUUCUCAGUAACGGAAAAAAAAACGAAGAUGCUUUAUUACGCCACCAAAUGUACUGAAAUGUGAGCUCUAUAAAUCUUGCGUGGCGGAAUAAUCUGUAACAUUAUUGCCAAGCUUUCGAAAUGAAUAGAAUGUGUAGUGCUGUAUAGUGUUUCAUCUUCGUUAAUAACAAACAAGUUAAAUUUUUACAAUAUCGUGUUAUCGUGUAUAAAGUAAAAACGUUUAUUCCAUUUAUUCCAAAAAGAAACAAAUUUCUAUUAAAAGUAGUAAAAAUAAUACUAACGUGUGAUUUAAACAGAAAGAUGAAGAGAAGGCACAUCGACGACGUUCAAAUGUCAACGGUAGAUGAACAUUUUAAUUUACUAUUAAAGGAUAAUAAUUUAAUCGAACAAAAUUUUACUCGUGUUACACAUGAAGAUCUUCCAAGCUGGUAUGAUGAAGAAUUAUUUAAAGAAGGUCAAAACUAUUAUAAGCGAAACAUGAUGCAAAUGGUAUUAAGCAGCUUCGUUGGGCUUCUCGCGAUAAUAGCAUUCCCAGAAACAUUAAAGAUACUCAAAUACACCGGAAAAAGCAGUUUACCUUGCGUAACUUUUAGCAGAUAUACUCAAACUCUUCUACAUAUUUACAAGCUGUAUACGAGUGACCCAAAUGACCCAAAAUCAGACUUAUAUAAGACAAUAAACGUAAUUCAUUUGAAACACAAGAUGAUUAGUAAGAGAGCAGAGAAUGUUGGUAUUGGAGGGAUUUAUCAACGAGAUAUGGCAAUCACACAAUUCGCUUUCAUAGGAUAUAUGUUAAUCGUUCCAAAGUCUAUUGGCUUGUACAGUAGGCCGCAAGAACAGGAAGCACUUAAUCAUUUUUGGCGUGUGAUAGGUCACUUGUUGGGAAUUCCUGAUAGAUUAAAUCUAUGUCGUAAAACUGCAGCAGAAACUCACAAAUUAUGUCUAAAAAUAAAUGACAUCUUAACAGAUUGUUUAAAUAAUGCUCCAUGUGAAUUCUAUCACAUGGCAUUAGCUAUAUUAGAUGGAUUGUGGUAUAUUGACAUGACUUUAGAUAAACAUGCGUUUUUAAAAUUUACUUAUCAACUGCAUGGUUUAGAAUAUAAUAAACCGCUUGGAUGGUAUAGUAGAUUAAAUGCAAAAUAUCGUGAUUUUGUACUUUAUCUGUGUCUUAUACCUUAUGUCGGAGCAAUAGUAAAAACUUAUUAUAAGUACGUUCUUCUAUUUACAUUAUGGCUUGUGCAAAAAUGGCCUAUAUUAGCGUGGUUAUCAUUCGGAAAAAACAAUUCCCGGAUCACACUAUAUUAAAGAUGUAAUCGCAUCGAAUAUAAUUACCGUUCUUUUUUUGCUCUUACAUAAAUAAUUUUUUUCAUGUAACAGUAAAUCUAUUUAAGUUAUACUGACAAUUAAUUAAUUAACAAUUAAAUAACCGCAUGUAAUUCAUUUAUUCGAAAAAUUUUACUUAAUUACGGUGCUCAAAACUUUAUAUUAUCGAAAUCCAAUAUUUAAAAAAAAAACCUUUUAAUGAAUUCUACUAUUUAAAACGAAUCUUUUUGUAAUCUAAAUCUCCUUUAAAGUUUUAUAUAAUUUUCUUGACUAAAAAGUUUUAAAACGUUUUAAAAAAUUCUAUUAAUUUUAUAAAGUACAUGACUAUAAAUUUGUUAAGAGAGUUCCUCUGCUCAGACCCGGCACAACAAGUGGCACAGGGGUUCAAGUAAAGAAAAAUAUUCAAAUGACCAUUUUGUUGCCUUCUUUUUUUUGCUCUACCACCCUUAGAUAACUAAAUACAACAAUUUGAAAUUCAUGUUAUAUCACUAGCACACAUUUACCACACUUACGUGCUGUAUUCAAUUAUUGUAAACUUUUUUUAUCUUAUCAAUUAUUUCACUCAAACGAGCAAGUGCAUUGUUUCAAAAAUUUAAUAGUACUUUUCUAGACAGUUAAGAUGUAUUAUUGUAAAGUUUCACUAACAUCUGUUCAUUACUUCUAUAUUUAAUACGACAAUAAAAACUGAAAAAUCCUGAAAAUUCAUCGAUUCCCAUAAGAGCUCAUGUUAAUAAAAUAUUUAAUAUCUAAAUAACUAGCUAGUUCAGCUUUCUAAAAUUUUGACAGUCAAUUUAUAUCACUAAUUUAAACUUCUCUACAAAAUUUCAUGAAAAUCUGUUUAUUUUGAUUUAGCAGUGGAACUCCCUUAAGACAUUUAUUUUGGAUUCUUUUCUGAAUUAAAUGCUCUUUAGUAAAAAAAAAUAUAUAUAUGUAUAAUGUGUGUGUGUGCGUGUGUGUAUGUAUGCGUGCGUGUAUUGUAAAUAUGUUUCUAAUUGUUAGUAUUAUCACAUUGAUUGCCGAUUUCAGUUCCAGAAUAUCUGUCAUUAUAAUUUCUGUUUAAUUUACAAAUUUCAAAUAAAAACAAAUGUUUUUAUCUUUACAA